CGGACUUGCAUGAGCUCGGUCUCCCGUCUGUCUUCUCUGCGUCCUUGUAUCGCAUCUAUCUCUCUGGAAUGUCGCCACCAGCUACGCAGAUAUUCCCAGAACUCUUCUACACCGCCUACUGAGCCGGAUCGAACUGCUAGUGCCAAGCUUUUCGAAGAUGCUGCUCGGGAGGAGGCAGCGGAGGAGGAAGCCCUCCGUAAAUCAUCACUCGCCCAGAGGCUAGAGUCCCAGCAUGAGAACUGGACGGGGGAAGAGCCGAUGGAGCAUGCUGUCCUCCGCAUGCUCGUCGACAAGUAUAAGCCUCUGCGAGGGGGACCUAUCAGGACGGCCGACGAUAAGCUGAAGAAGGCUCCACCGCAGGUGCGCACUCAGGAUGCGCCCCACGAGGUUGCGAGGGGCGACUCUUCUGUAACAAGCUCGAGUACGCAGGAGGAGGCUCCUGUGCGCACAUAUGUUCCCGGCGAGCCCAUACUGCCUGGUAUCCCCGGACACCAGCCGUGGCAUACGACGUUCACCGUCCCGUCUCAUGCGACGUCCAGCGUCCGCUAUGGGAGUAUCCCUCCGCCCAAGCCUGCCUCUUCGCCUCUGCCCUUGGACGACAAGGCCAAGAGGAAGGAGAUGGAGAAACGGAAACGGUUGCAGCAGGGCAUGAGGCUGUCGCAGGCGAGAGAGUCCACCCUGGACUACCGUCUGGGUAUCAAGGGCAGCGCCGCAGACCAGUUCAGGCGGCCGAACCCUGUCUCGCUCAAGGGCUGGGCCAACCUGGUCGAAGACCGAAUAGAGAGAGCCCGCCAGGCCGGGCACUUCAAGAACAUCAAGGGCCGCGGCGCACCCAUCGCGCGCACCACGGAAGACAAGAACCCGUUCAUCGGCCGCGAAGAGUUCCUCAUGAACCGCAUCGUCCAGCGCCAGGGUGCCGCCCCGCCCUGGGUCGAGGUCCAAGGCGAGCUCGAGACCGCCGUGCGCACGUUCCGCGAGGUCGUCAAGCAGUCGUGGACGCGGCGCGCGCUCCGCACGCUGACGCACACGCACCCCGCGGAGCUCCUGCCCAAGCUCACGCUCGCGGACGUCGCGGCCAUGCGCGACGAGGGGUGGGAGGAGAAAGAGCGCGGGUACCACGAGACGGCGCUCGAGGAGGUGAACGCGCUCGUGCGGAAGUAUAAUGGGCUUGCGCCGUAUGCGGUCCGGAGGGCGUACUACAUGCGCAGCGCGGAGCUGGAGAGGGUGUACCAGGAGGCUGGUGAGGAUAUCUUGAGGGGGCUGGAGGAGAGGGCGCGGCAGGCUUUGAACGGGAGGACAAACAGAAGACCUGGGUUCGGUGGAGAGGAGGAAGAGGAUACGGACGUCAAAAUCUAG